UAUACGAGGAUUCAGCAACCCUCCGAAUGACGUUUCGGUAUAAAAAUUCAGACGUAAUAAUAAAUGACAAAGUGCUGAAGUAUAAUAAUGAAUCGGAACAACGCUAGAAUUAUUCUCAUUACCAACAACGUACGCGUGACAUAGUUAUUAGCAUCUCUCUACAAACUUCCAAUUGUUAUAAGUAUAAUUGUACAUACGGUUAAGACAGGAUUUAAGUAUUAUUUGUGCGCUACACUUCCUUAUCCUUACGUUUAAAUCUUGUUACUUGGUGAGAAUUGCCCUAAAGAUAUGCCUAGUAAAUCGUGUUUAAUAUCGCCAGUGGUUUGCAAUACCUAAUCUUAAUUAUCGAUUGUGAACCCUAUGGCAUUCGUAUUUUAUUUACACGUUAACGCCAAUAACUUUAACAUACCUAAUAUUAAUAAAUAAUACCUCAGUGUUCCAAAUAGCGGUGUAAUAUACUUGUAUAAAUUACAAUAACUGUGCGGUUUUAGAAGCCAUUCAUUAUAAUCGAUAGCAACGUUACAUUUGAAAAUGAAAGAAUUCCAAUAAGAGUGCACAUGCUGCAGCGGUCGCGUAAUACGUAAUUGGGGAACUAUAUUGUAUUAUACGCAUAUAGAUAUACGUAUAUCUAUAUUUAGCGCGGACCAUUUCAAACAUUUCAUUCAAAUAUUUUGCAAACUAUGAUAUAGAGAUGAAAAAGCACCAAUUUUGAGAGGGGAAAUAUUUUUUGUGCCCUUUGUUACUGUAAAAAUUUUGUUCGAAACUGUUUUCCGCAUGGCUUGCAAAAUUUUCGACUGGAACGUUUGGAAUGAUCCGCCUCGCAAUGGACAAUCGUCGCGUUCGCGGAUUGUUCAUUGCAAACCAUAUUUCGCAUCAAUAGUAUUAUUAAAAGACAUUAAGGUACCAUAGUUAAUUAUACCGUUUGUGAUAGUGCCCACACAACUGCAUUAUAUGCCGUGGGCUACGUCUACCUAUAUGAUGAAAUUACAGUUGCUAGUUAUUGAAACAGACUAUUACUGGAGGAAGGCUUUGUUCAGGAUGGUAUUGGACCCCAAAGCAACAAGCUUGCACAGUGAUUACGGAAGUUUUGAUAGGCCUUUGGGUGGGAUCGAAGGCCACGAAAGAGACGUAGAAACAGGAGUGGAUGGAAGUACUAGUGGAAUGGCGCAGUCAAGUGACGUUUAUCAACGGCAACCUCUUCUUCCUGGAGCUCCGACUAAGAAUAAGGAUAAAUGGGGUGGAGUUAGCAGUAGCUCAGAGUAUUAUGAGGAUGACGAAGAUGACAAGAUUGAUGGACUUGGACACACAAGGCACCCGAAUCUACCCAAUGGAUCUGGGAGUGGGAUUGUCAAGCUGGAUAUUCCUGCCCCGUUGAGAGAAGAGCCUCGAUUUCCUAAAGAAAAGUGGAAAACUCUCCUUGCGUUUCUGUUCAUGGUUGUAAACUUUAUACUGACAACUGCAUCCCUUGCCAUGGUCCAUGAGCGUGUACCCGAUCGCGCAACGUAUGGACCUCUUCCAGAUGUUGUGUUGGAUAACAUAGUUGCCCAAGAUUGGGCGCUGAAUGUAUCAGAAAUUCUGAUCAUGAUUGUAUCUAAUUCUGCAAUGGUUUUCAUUAUCUUUCACAAACACAGAUUUAUAGUCUUUAGACGAAUAUUUUUGCUUAUGGGAUUGCUCUACAUGAUGCGAAGUGUCACGAUGUAUGUAACGGUUCUACCAGUUGCAAGUAAAACCUACUUUUGCAGUCCCAAAGCAAACAACUCAAGUCCUUUGCUGAUAACGAAGAGAGUUCUGCAACUAAUAUCUGGCUUUGGAUUAUCUAUCAAUGGAAAGCAUACAUAUUGCGGCGAUUAUAUUUAUAGUGGACACACCGUAGUUCUUGUUCUUAGCUACCUUAUCAUUAAGGAGUAUUCUCCAAGGCGGUGUCAGCCGAUCCAUUGGUUAACAGGACUAAUGUCUCUUGUUGGUAUAAUAAUGGUUUUGAUCGCACACGGCCACUAUACGGUUGAUGUGCUUAUAGCCUACUAUGUUACGACACGGUUAUGGUACAUUUACCACACAUUAGCAAACAAUCCUUUUCUAAAGCAAUAUGGACCAAACAACUUUCUUGCUCGUUUCUGGUGGUUUCCAAUGUUCAAAUACUUUGAGAAAAAUGUUGGUGGCACGGUGCCGAGGCAGUACGAUUGGCCUCUCCCAUGGCCUAGAAGAUUUCUUGCCAAGCAUCCAAACCGGGACAGUUAAUACGUACCUCAAGAUGCCGAAUCGGUAAAUACGUCAUUAAAGUGAUAUUGUAUAUAAUUAUAGGUACGUUGUAUAAAAUAUUCCUAAAAAAAAAAUAGGGCGUGCAUUGAUUGUAGAAGAAGCAUUGAUCAAUGUGCAAGGGUUCAAACAUUUGCUUGUCGAUCACUAUAUGGCCUAAAUAUUCACCCGUGUAUCGAUUGCCUGAUUCUACUAAAUCUUAUCCAGCGUCAUUUGCAUAAAAGUGUACAUACGUGCAUCUUACAUGCUAAAGUCUAUCACGUUUUAAUAAUUCAAUCGUGCGUAAUCGGUGUCAUUUAUUUUGAAGUCUCUCAAAGGUUUGGCAAAGUGAAAAUCCAAAGGAAAUGGGACCCCUAGUGACAAUUUCCUUCUGUAUGGGAUAUCGGUGAUAAUUCUAGUUGAGAAAGUCUUGCCAUAUUGUGAAAUUGAUUAAACGCCAUGAAUUUAUAGGGCUGUAAAGUGUCCCAAUGACUAUCCCUACCUGAUUCAAGCUUGUUAGUAUCGCCGGUUUAACAUAGUUAUGGCUUUGCUAAGAGAGCAUAAGUGAAACACAUACAUAAAUUAUUAGCCUCCAGUUCAAGAGUUUACCUUAGUUUUAAUGAUACCGACACAACUUGCGUAGGUGUACACAUGUUAAAAAAUAUGCCUAACAUCGAUCGUUUACAAGCUAACGUUGGUGUACAACUGUUGUUCAUAACCGUGUACUUGUUUGUGAUAUUACUACUUUCAACAAGUGCGCCUUAAAUAGACAGAAAUCGGAGAGAUCUGCUGUGAAUAAUCAAUAAAGACUAAUCUCAGUAGAAUCUCUUUCCCAACUAGAGAGCAAGCUACAUCAAAAUGCAUACCUUAUCUUUGCUUUUGUUCCGAAUCAUGAGUUUGAACAAUAUUGGGAAAAAAGGCCUAUAUUAAAUUCAUGAAGGAUUUCGAGCAUCAGACGCGGCAUUUUUUUUUACAUUUUCAAGUCAAGCAUCUGCAUAAAAGACUUGUAGCCAUCAUUGCUUCGAUAUGAACUGCGCCCUAGCAAACUUUUCUUUAUAUCGUUGUUAUUAUUUACGCUAUUUAUUUUAUACUAACUGUUAGUGGUCAGAAAUGCAGGCUUGAAUAAAUCGAGUGUUACGAUGUUUUGAAUCCCCGCAGUAAUUAAUGUAAUAUCUGUAUUUAACAAACUGCAAACAAAGUGGAAUCAAUAUGGUUAUACUAUUAUUCAUUUCAUUUGAUUCUAAAAAACAAAAAUCAGAUUAUUUGUUUCCCACUAGAUGUUGUAUUUUACAGUUUGAAAAUUAGCUUGUUCCAUUGUUAAGCAUAAAAUCUUCCUAUAUGCAUAUUGUUGUGAAAACACUCAUGCAAAUAACCAACUAUUGAUACAAAUCUUUGUAUUUUAUGUAUAUAGCUCGUCAAAAAAAUAGAUCUGAACAGGAAAAUAAUAAUGUUCCGUCAAAAAUGUAGCUUUCUCUGAUUCAUGGACUAACUAUCGAGUGAAGCUAUAAAUGUUUAGACAGUAGGCACUUGAACAUAAAUAAAUGUAAAAUCAAAUAAAAGAUUCCAUAAAAAAAAGGAAAACAAUUUCCACACCGAAGGAGUGUUAUACAUAGCCAUAAAUAUAUGAAAACCUUUUCCAGCUAAAAGUGAAGGGUAACGCGUCGGUGUCUUAGAACAAAGUGAAUUACAGCAAAAUCACAUGAUAACCAACUACAUACCGAUAUAUAAAGGUACAUAUAAUACCACGUACAAUAGGUGCAUGGGUGUAAAUACCUCUACGAGGUAUAGAUACAUAUGUAUUAUAUUAUACCUAUGUAUACAUGAUGUGUAUAUAUAUACAUAAAUUUGUUGUUCGCACACUUGGGGGUAUAGAAAUGCCCUUAAAAUAUCGAGUGAACUUACAGCUUGGUACAUUCGAAUACUUGGGGACUGUUCUGAAAGUAUCUUUAUAGACAACAUCACCACUUGAUAUGCUCCUUCGUCCUUGCAUAUUAAAAAAUCUACAACUUUCUGAUCCGCCCCUUGAAAGAUAGUUUUCGUUAACCCCUACUUACUGAUAGAGUGAGAAUAAAUUAGGUAGGAUUUUAUCUAAGGGCCUAAAGAGUCGGUGUCCUUGAAGUAUUUGUUGUACAGAAUUAUAUAUAAUCUAUAUUUUUACAUGUAGAUACUUUAUAGAAGAUUGGUGAUUUACAUAUAAAUAUAUCCUGAUAUUAGACCAGUAAACUAUUCUCAAGUGAAAUAAAUAAUUAUUAAUAGCGGAAGCUUUCCAUAAAUGGUUCAUGUUGAUAAAUUAGACCUUUUUUACUGUUAUCCUGGUAGUAUUUUGAUAUAUAGACAAAUAAAGGAAUAAACAAAUUGAAAAAAAAAACCUUGAAAAAUUCACAAUUAUAUAAUUCGGUUCAAUUCAAGCUGAAAUUAUAUUUUCGUUCGUUAUUCUACCCAUAGUGUAUGUAUGGUCCGUACAUACACGUAUUUUUAUAGUUAUUUAUAAGCUAUGCUACUUAAUACCAUUAUUUGCGUUUGAUUUAUUUCUACCGAAACUUAUAUAUUUAACAUACUCAAUACGUUGACAUAAACUCAUGUGAUAAUGUUUAGGAAUACUUUAUACGUGUAAUAUUUUAUGAUCUAUACAAGAUACCGAUGGACUGUGCUUUUUACUCACAAUCAGCCAACGUUAUAUAAAAAAGGAAGGCCACUCUUAGGUCAACAUUUAUUGUAAUACCUUGCUUACGAAGAAUACAUUUUAAGAAAAACUCUA